AUGCCGAGAAAAAAUAAAAGAUCCCAGGCACAAAAGAAGCGCUGGAAACCAUUUGACCUGGUCGAUCCUGCUGUCCCAAUGCUCACUGGCCACAACCAAGAUGAGGCAGUCAAUAGUUUUCCAUCUGACCAGCAGACGGCACCAGCCGGGUUAUCUUUGGAAACACAGGAUAGACCCACCUCCUUAUGUUCCCCAGGUACCAAGCAGACAGCACCAGCCAGCUUGUCCUUGGAAACGGAGAAUAGACCCACCUCCUUAUGUCCUCCAGGCAGCAAGAGUUCAGAAACUCGUCCACCAGCAAAACGAGUCUGGGCAACCGAUGAUUUCCACACGGCAUCAAAUUCUCCACCUAAAAGGCCUUUCCACAACACAAAUGAAGAACUACUGACAGAGGAGCUACAGAGCAAUGCAGUUCAGCACUUCUGGUGUGUCAGUGCAACUCAUUGUCAAAGUGAUAAAAGGUACACAAAAUUCUCCCGAAAUCAUCAGUGCACAUGUAAUGCCCUCACAUUCCUGGCCUACCUUAAUGAGGAACACCAGUUCAACACAGCCCGACUUGAUAAGGUGCUUGAACAGGGAGAUGCACUCUACUGUAGGAUUAAAACAAAUCUUCAGCAGGAGAGGCGUUAUACACAAGAUCAUCUGACCAUGGAGGACCUGCCCAAAGAAGUUCAUGCUGACAUAAAUGUCUACAGUGUGAAAAUGGACAACAUAAGGUAUGGAUACCUGAAAGCAGCAGACAAAACCUAUCAAAGAAAAGGGUGGUGGUUGCCUCUUGCUAGUCGCCUUAGUCAGCACUCACAACGAACAGCCUGCACAGUCAACUCAAGCAACACCAGGAGCAACAGCUACAUCAUCACCACGAAAUGA